AUGACGCGGUGUCUGGCUUGGUCAGGUUCCGCGCUAGGUGAAUAUCUUGUUGAAUCACUUCAAAUUUGGCGUCUGCGUAUUGAAAUCUAUCCCAGUUACCAUGGCGCACUGUUCUUCAAUCUGUCGGCGUUUCUUAUCCCGGCUGUCUAUGGCACACUCUCAAAGAUGUGGAUCGCCAACAUUGAUGCGUCACUGGUCUCUACAACAGAUGCUUUUACUUAUUUUUCCUGCAUUAUCGAGGUUCUGAAUGAAGGAUUGCCCAGAGCUGCUUGGUGCGAUAUUAUUUCACUGUUACAUCGCCUCUCUUUGACGUAUACCCUCAUUUCCAUUCAAUCUAUCCUUGGCUUCCUCCUUUCCGUCAUUUUUCUCUUCGCUGCUCCAGGUUUUGUCGGAGCCUUCGUGCCUGGCAAGGUCCGUGCAACGUCGGUCAAGUAUAUCCGAAUCCUGGCCUUCGAUUCACUGGCAAGCACUCUAAACACGGCUGUCAGUCUGGGCACACGAGCGCUUGACAAACCGGAUGUACCGCUCUUGAUGUCUUCCGUCCAAACUUUGAUCCAGAUUUUUCUCGAACUUGCGCUAGUCUCGACUGUACAUGUCAAAGGGUUCACCCCCAGUAUCCAUACAGUCGCCACCAUCAAACUUGUAUGCGACUUCACUGGUGCAGUGGUCGGUCUGCUCUACUUCCUAUACCUUUCCCGAAAGGCCACCGCCCAUAUGGACGCGAAGCGUCUCACCUGGUUCUCUUACGCGUCCCUUAAGGAGCUCAUCUUGCCAGGACGAUGGACGUUCACAGAAAGUGCAAUUAGAAAUGCGAUAUACUUAUGGCAAAUCCACGGUGUCGUUUCGAUGGGACAAGCUUACGCGACAGCGUGGGGUGUUUUCAACACAAUUCGUUGGGGUCUCAUCAUGGUUCCUGUCAACGCCCUUGAAGCUACUUCAAAUGCCUUCGUCGGCCACCGUUGGGGUAUCUAUCAGAGAUCCAGACACACCCCGUCUUCGCGUGCUUCGUGGUCAGAUAUAAGAUUUAUCUCGGCUCCCGCCAUUCGAUCAGUCCUUAUUGUUCUCCUCGUUGAGGGCCCGAUGUGUGUUGCCCUUUCUGUCCACGGGGCUGGACCAUUUGCCCGCUACCUCUCAAAUUCGGAUGAGGUCGCGGAAAUUACAGCUAUGAUGUGGAGAAGCAUCGACUGGUGCUACAUCGCGUAUGGGAUAUCAACUCAGCUUGCCACAGUUUUACUCGCCACAGAGACAAGAUGGUAUCUGUAUCAAUCAUUGGUCUCGAACAUCUUCUAUGCUCUUCCUUGGGCAAUCGCACUGCCUAAAAUCGGUAUAACGCCCGAUACAGCCUGGACAUACCAUAAAUGGGUCUUUGGUGGGAGCCUCGUUGUUAGUCUUGGAAUCAUAAUUGUGGUGGAUGGAAUAUGGGUGGUUCGGCUUCAUGGAUGGCGGUUCUUGAAGUCUAGCUCCCUCAUAUCAGCUGGAAGGCAGGGUUAGACGCGAUAUAACAUACUCUUUACCCCUUUACCCGUUCCUUCUGCCCUGUUUCUCGUUGUACAACCUAUUCCCUUCGCC